AUGUCCUCCGACGAGUCCCGCCCUGGCCCCUCGACACCCGCGAAAAAGCGUUCAAGAUGGGACGCUGAAGACCACUCCUCGGAAGGGCCACAAAAGCCCGUAGCAACAAAGCGUCUCAAAUCCAAGCCUCCUCCCGAGUCCCAAUCGCCUGCGAGCAUACCUUCCUCCGCACCCGCCUCUCGCCAGGUCAGCGUGGAGCGCAGACGACCAACUCAUAGCACCUAUGUUCCACCGAGAACUCUGCAUCCGCCUAUCGUGCCUUCGCGUUCUGUGUACUGCUACGAACGGUUGAACUCUAUCGAGGAAGGCUCCUACGGUGUCGUCUUCCGGGCGAGAGAGAAGGAGACCGGAGAUAUCGUCGCUCUCAAGAAGCUCAAGCUCGAUGAAGAGAAGCACGGCUUCCCUAUCACUGCCCUGCGCGAAAUCAACGCGCUGAUGACCUGCAAACACGAGAAUGUCGUUGGCAUACGCGAGGUCGUCGUCGGCGACACCUUGACACAGGUGUUCAUAGUCAUGGACUUUAUCGAACAUGACCUCAAAACCCUCCUCACUGUCAUGCCCUCUCCCUUCUUGCAGUCAGAAGUCAAGACACUUAUGCUCCAACUACUCUCUGCUGUAGCAUUUUGUCACGAGCGCUGGAUCCUACAUCGCGACCUCAAGACUAGCAACCUUCUCAUGAACAAUCGUGGGACAAUCAAGGUUGCCGACUUCGGGUUGGCCAGAAGAUAUGGGGAUCCUGUGGGCGUUGGCGGGUUGACACAGCUAGUCGUAACUCUGUGGUAUCGUGCGCCUGAAAUAUUGCUUGGGGCCACCACGUACUCGACCGCCGUCGACAUGUGGUCCGUGGGAUGCAUCUUUGCCGAGCUGCUCCUCAAGGAGCCGCUCUUCCAGGCGAAGAACGAGCUCGAACUCAUCUCGAUGAUCUUCAAACUCCUGGGGCCCCCAACAGGCACGACUUGGCCAGAGUACUCGAGCCUUCCUCUCGCUAAGACAAUGAACCUUCCCGCCCCAUAUCCCUCACAGUUGCGGCAAAAGUUCCCGUACAUCACAACAGCGGGGCUCGACCUGCUGUCUCAGUUACUGACGUAUGACCCUGAGCAGAGGAUAACAGCAGAAGAGGCAUUAAAGCAUCCUUACUUCAGUGAAUCACCAUACCCGAAGCACCCAGAUUUAUUCGGCUCUUUCCCCUCAGCAGCAGCCGGAGAGAAGAGACAAAAGCUCUACAAGAGUCCUUCUGCACCCGCACGUGCCGCCGAUUACAAACUUCUCACUGAGUUUGACAUGCCGUAG